AAAAAGUGGCUGGGUGGGCAGCCGUCAUGGCGGCCGAGGAGAAGGACCCCUUGAGCUAUUUCGCGGCUUACGGCAGCAGCAGCUCAGGUUCGUCGGGCGAGGAGGAUAAUAGCGAGCCGGAGGAAACAAAUCGCAGGACCCCAGAUCCUGCGAAGUCGGCGGGCGGCUGUGGGAACAAGGCGGAGAAGCGGCUGCCGGGACCCGACGAACUGUUUCGGAGCGUGAGUCGCCCGGCCUUUCUCUACAAUCCGCUCAACAAACAGAUAGACUGGGAGAGGCACGUCGUCAAGGCGCCUGAGGAGCCUCACAAAAUAUGGAAGUCAAACUAUGUACCACCUCCGGAGACCUACACUACUGAGAAGAAACCUCCCCCUCCAGAGCUGGAUAUGGCAAUAAAAUGGUCUAACAUAUAUGAGGACAAUGGUGAUGAUGCCCCACAGAAUGCUAAGAAAGCUAGGCUUCUACCGGAAGGGGAGGAGACAGUGGAAUCAGAUGAUGAAAAAGAUGAGCAUACUUCUAAAAAGCGCAAAGUAGAACCAGGAGAACCAACAAAGAAGAAAAAGUAGAAAACAACAAAUGACAAGAAUUUCUGGACUGCGAAACUCGUUGAAACGAUUUUUUGGGGCAGAUUAAGUUGACAG